AUGAACGCUGCUGAGAGAUCCACAAACGGACUUUUGGAACUGUACCAGGACCACAUCCAACAGGUCACCGAACUCCAACACCUCGUCCAACAGCAAUACCCUCCUUCACACCAACACCACGACGUCGCCACCUCUUACCUCAACGACCGUAUCACCCUCUUCCGCUUCCUCAAAAAGGCAAACUACGUCCUCCCUGAGGCCUAUAACAUCGUCGAGGCCAACGUCGCCUGGAGGUUAGCUAUGGGCUGUGAUCGCAUCACCCCACGAGACCUCCAAAAGAACCCGCUCUGGACCAACAACCUCGUCCACCUCCGAGGACAGGACCGAUACGGACACCCGCUCAUCGUCAUCCGCCUGGGUCAAUACAUUUCUGCUCCACAACAAUCUCAACAAGAGGAUGAUGGUGAAGAAGAGGAGGAUCGAUUCUUGGAUUACAAACGAUACAUCAUUUUUGUGUUGGAGUGCACCCGCAAGCUGCUCUGGGAAUCUUCCCGUCGCCAACCACUUGAGGAGCACUCGCUCCAGGCGUCACUCAUCCUCGAUCUCCAGGGAGCAUCUGUCUCUGACCUCGACCACCAAUUGAUCACGUACACCAUCGACCUUCUCAAGCAUCGCUACCCUAGCUGUCUUGCCCAAGCCGUGAAUCAACAAUUAUACGUCCUGAACUACAGCUGGGUCUUUGGCGGCAUCUGGCAGAUGCUGAAGCGUGCCCUUCCAGAGUCAGCCCGUGCGCGUGUUUCGUUCCCUUCAUCGACCGAUGAGCUUUGGGAGCACUUUGAUCGCGAAGAUCUCUCCACUGAUUUUGGCGGACUGGAUGCGCACGAGAACGACUCGGAGCAAUGCGAGGCCUUCCACUACUUUGGCUACCCCAUGUCAAGCCUGCAGCCAGGAACGCCCACCAUGUCCCUCAGCCGUGUCAACUCUUGCGACUCGAUCUAUUACGACGCCAGCUCGUCAACACCCAUGCACAGCCCUAAAUUGCGUCCCCACGACGGCCUCAACUUCUUGUCAAUGACACCCAUGAUGCCCAUGGCCCCUCCUCAUGGCGGCCACGCCCACUCAACAAACCACAGCAACAGUGGCAACUUGAGUUUGCGCCCUGCCCUCCUCAGAACCCGCUCCAACUCUAUCCCCUUCAUCGACUUGAACAACAACAACAACACUCCUACCAACAACCAUGAUCACCAUCAUUACGGCAAGUCAACUCCUAUGAAAGCACCAUUGUUGAAGCACUCUAAAUCGACCGCCCACAUCCCUUCAUUCAUGAUCACACCCUCAAUCCAGUCAGACUUGCCGGUUCAGUACCCACUCUCGCGCAAGGAUCGCACCACCAUCGCACGCAACACCCAUAUCGACCCCACCAAGAACAUCCUCGGCAACGGCAACAACAACAACGGUCGAGGAGGAGUCUUCUACCGUCUGAUCCUUCGCCCCAACUCGAUCUUUAUGAAGAUCGCGGCCAAGCAGCAGGGGAUGCGCCAGAAGGCGGCCAAGGCUGUCAAGGCUUGUGCGGACAAGAUGCGCCGGACGGAUGUGAAGACGCUUUUGUACUGGAUCAUGGCUCUCAUCAUGCUCCGGGGCGAGGUCUGGCAGCUCAUUGCUGCAACGGCAGUCAAGGUGCUUACUGUUGUUGGCGAAGGCGAUGAUUCCCUCUUGCUUUAA